UUCAUCAUCAGUGUUUCAUAUGCUCUAAAUGCUUUGAGUAGACUACAGCUUCCAUGUAGUUAGGCAUCGUUUGUACAUGAUAACGCUAGUCAAUUCAGCGAAGCUAGCUUCUUAUGAUCCUGAUGUCUUCUUUCUCAUUUAAGAGAUUUUGACUAGUUGGUCUUGUAUCACUGCUGAAUGACGACUGGAGGUGGAUGCAGAUGCUAAGUAUUCUUAUUAUAUUAUAUAAGUAGGUAGCUUUGGUGUUAGAAAAUGUCAACUAAACAUAGAUUCUUUAGCAGAAAGGAGUUUGGAGACCUAGGGUUGUGAUAUCCUGUUACCAGAAACACUGCAUGUCAUGAUUGCUCCUUGUGGAAACAUGCUGAGGUCAUUAAACCCAUAAGAGCUAGUUGCAGUGUUUCUUGUGUUCUGAAAAGUAUACUCAAGUGUAAAGGGCUUCACUAGAAAUGAGGCAAUUCCCAAUAUUGGAGUAUGAUGUAUCAGACUAGGAUGAUACUUGGAGGAUGUAACUACUGCAAAUGUUUGAUUUGGUGCUUUAGUACCAUUAGUGCUAUGCCUUAAGUAGUUAAGUGUGGUAAAAGAACCUCCUACUUCUGUACUAGCAGAACUUGGGAUCUUGCUCUUUCUUCCUCUAAAAACUACAGCUGUCUUAAGGUCUAUUAAAGCCUACUUGAUUUUCAGAAUUCACUCAUGUUAUCAGUACCCCAGAGGACAAUUGUACUUACUUGUUUAUGAAUUUGUGCUGUUAGUGUAGUCUUUUUUAUCUGCAUCCUUGUUUUCCUUUCAAACCUAAGGAAAAAAAAAUAGAACUGAAGAAACUAGUGACACACAACAUGUUCUGUGCGAAUACCGUUACACUUCUGUUACUGCUUAUUGCAGCUAGCAAUAUUUUCUCCCAAGUUACAGCUAAAAAGGAAUCGUGAAUUGUAUAGGAGAACAUACCUAGCUUGAAAACAGUUGAAGACAAGACAUCUAGAUGAAUAGCAGGAUGACUGAGCUCAGAAGACGGAGAGCUAGGAAGGUUAGAUCUGGUUGAGUGUCAACUCAUGUAAACUUUUGCAUUGGAGAGCAGAAGCUGUGUGGAUAAACACUGGGGAUGUUGCAAACAGUCUCUCAUGUGGAGUGUUCUAGAGCUUGAAAGAGAAUAACAGAUGCCUCAUGGAUGUCCCUCUGACAUAAAUAGGUGGCUCUCAAGAUUCUUGUUAAUAACUCAAUAACCCAUAUCUUCCAGAUAAUCGUUAUGUACCUUCAGGUAUUAGAAUGUGAACGUAACCAACACCUGGUCCAGACUUCAUGGUAAGUUGAUUUUCUUUGUUAUAAGAGACCAGCAGGGGCAGUAGCAGAAAUAUGUCACUUGAGGCACUCUGGGCAACUCGCUCAGAAAUGAUUGUGGGCCACACCAGACAGCUCCAGUGUUUCUUGGCGUGCCCCAAACUACUACCCAAAUGUUGAUCGGCCUCUUAAGUUAGAGGCACUGUUUUAAUGGUAAGGUAGCUUUCCACCCUGAUUUCUCACUUCCCUCCUCUCUGCUUUUACUUUUCAGCUGAAGGGAAAACGUUGAGUGGGUUAUAGCGUUUCCUUGGGUUUUUUGUUCUUCAGAGAAAAUUAUGUGUAGUUAAAGUCUGUUAGCAGUGCUGGGAAAUGGCUUUUCCCAGGGCUUGAGCUUGAUUACAGGUGCAUCAAAAACUCAGCACAGCUAAAUUUUAUUUAUCUGUAUGGAUAAUGCAAGAUGUCAGCUUCUAAGACUGGAUAAACUCAAUGUUUUUGUUUGCCAAGAAAUGUCCUCUGCCUUGUCGCUCUCAUUACAGUAAAGAUUUGCUUGGGGAUGGGAAGCUUAUGUAAAAGUCUAGGUCUUAAACUUAACGAAUAGAUAAUGCUUUUAAGACAAUAAUGUUUUUUUUACCAAUACUGUGGUUUAAAAACCUUUAGUGAAUCCAAAGAUCAUAUUUCUGCUGACUGAACUGUCUGGUACUGUGACCUGUGUGUAGAGAACCAGUUUUGACUUUUCUUUUCUGUACUCUUUUAAUCAAAGGGUAGCCUCUGAGGGUAAGUGACUAAGACUUCUCCUCUGCUGCCCAAGCGCUAUGGUGCAGGGAUAGCUGCCGUCUUCAGUCAAACCAAAGCAGGCUCUACAAAGAGAAGGCUGACUCUAGACAGGUGGUAUAUACAUGAUAGUAUAGUAACUGGCCAACUGCUGCUUGUGCUUAUACUGUUUGACUUUUAUUUUUAUUGCGCAUUUUGACUGUUGUAUAUCUUAUAACCUGAUUGUUGAAGUUUUGAAAGGUUUUUAAUGUUCUAUUUCUAUAACUGUUAAAAUAAUGUAUUCUUAAAUGAUAAAGCAAAUUAAGGUGGGAUUCAAGUCUUACAGGGAUGAACUAACACAACAAAAACUGAAAUCUAGUUUUCAUUUGUAAACUAGUUAAAAAAAACCAUUUGAGUAGAUGUGUGAAGCUUGGAGUCAAAGGUAAUACUUGGGACUUGGAGAAACUUCCCAGUACCAUUGUGAAACUUACCGGUACCAUUGCAUGAAGUACUCGGAUGUGAGUUACGGACUACUCAUUACCAAUCUUCUACGUGUUAUGGAAGGAGGGGUAGGUGAGGAGGAGGAGGGAGGAAAUUACCCCAAUUGAGAAAUGGUUCAGAUGUUAAAAUAACAUAUCUGCGUACUGAUGCUUGUUGCUUUCAGUACAUGAAAACUCGUGGAUAUCCAGUAUAACUGUUCUUUGAAAUGUGCAUUUUUACAACGUUACCUUUUUCUUAAAAUAUUGUGACAAGGAUUCAUUUCCUCAUGUGUCUGAUUCUGAGCCCACAGGAGAAAUAUGCAGUGGCCAAACUUGGAAGCAGACAUGGUUUUCAAUUUGGCAAAUUAGAAAAAGGCUGUAUGACUUCCAGAUGUUUGAAGUACCACUUUUCUUCAUCACUUCUUUUGCCAAAAGGUUUGUUCUCUCUUCAUAGUGGGACAGAAAAGUAGGUUUUGAAGCUCCUUUCUUCCAGGAAGAUGAGCUGAUGCUUAGCAUUGCUUCUCUGCUGUAGCAGUUGCUCUUUAUGGAAACGAGAGCGUAAGACAAAGACAAAAAGGCGAUGAUACCCUUGGGAUUCAAGUUUCUGUUGUCUGUGUAAACUGGUUACAAGUGCCUGGACUGUGGUCUCUGGUUUUGAUGUCUUGGGGCUUAGUGAAUCCUUGUAUACUGGGUACCCACAUGGUUAAUUACCGCUUUCAGAAAGCGUAUUACUUUGAGGACUUUCUAUUGUGUCUGGUUUUAGCGUUUCCUCACUUGGCUUGACAUAUGUGCUCAAUUAUCUAGAUCUUUUUAAGCACAUCAGCUGACACAUUCAGAGGAAGUUACUUUGUGUAUAUAAGAUUUAGAAGAAUAAUGCUUAAGUGUACUGACUGGAAUAUAUGCAAUAUUUUACAGUUUUCUCAUUCUGUGAAUAUUCAUUUUAAGCAACCUUACUGAAAUGGGACAAUUUGGAAACCGUAUUUCAUGUGCCAAAGAGGAGAUCUGCCUGAAUACUGAGUAUUCUCCUGAAUUGAUGUUCCCAAACAUCCUGAUUUCUUCUAUCGCUGCUUUUUGCAUCAAAAAGAAUUCUGUUCUGGAUGGAAAAUAAUGCUUCUGAAGGAAAAGGGACCCCUUAAAUCUCCAGUGGAAGUUGACACGUGCUGAAGUGGACUGCAUUUUCAUGGGAAUCUACUACAGGAGCUGCAGCUUUCAGCAAACCACCUGGGCUCAGCCCUAUUGCAGAGAAACAUGUGAACCUAAAAGUCUAUAACUGAGUACUUCAGAUUUUCCUGAAUUACAUGAAUGAUAGCCUGAGAACAGAUGUCUUUGUCAGAUUCCAGCCGGAAAGCAUUGCCUGUGCAUGUAUCUACCUUGCAGCCAGGACACUGGAGAUUCCACUUCCUAAUCGUCCACACUGGUUUUUACUCUUCGGAGCAACGGAGGAAGAGAUUCAAGAAAUCUGCUUAAAAAUUUUGCAGCUCUAUACUCGGAAAAAGGUUGAUUUAUCUGAUCUGGAAAGUAAAGUGGAAAAGAAGAAAUUAGCUAUCGAAGAGGCAAAAGCACAAGCUAAAGGUUUAGUACCUGAGGGAGCCCCAAGUUUGGAUAACACAUCGGGAUUUUCCCCAGUACCGAAAAAUGAGUCUCCAAAAGAGGUUAAAGGAAAUAAACCUUCACCGCUACCUGUUCAGGCAAUGAAGAACGCUAAAAGGAAAACGGAAGGAGCAAAAAGAAUGAGUUCAAAUAGCCCAGUAAAUGGUGUUCAGAAAGGAAGAGAAAGCAGAAGUCGAAGUGGAAGUAGAGAUCAAAGUUACUCAAGAUCUCCAUCUAGAUCCGCAUCCCCUAAGCACCGGAAAAGUGAAAGUUACUCUACAUCGAGCGGUUCCAAAUCCCACAGCCGUUCUAGGAGCCGCAGUGACUCUCCUCCGAGACAGUUCAACCACAGUUCUAGCUAUAAAGGUUCCAAGGUGAGAAGUUACAAGAAAUCAAAAGACUACAAAUACUCAACACACAAACCACGGAAGUCUCGCAGCAGGAGCUCGUCGCGUUCCAGGAGCCGAUCCCGGGAGCGCUCGGACCAUUCGGGGAAGUACAAGAAGAAGAGUCACUACUACAGAAAUCACAGGCACGAGCGGUCGCGCUCCUAUGAGCGAGCAAGUCAUCGCUAUGACCGAGACCAUCCUGGCCACAGCAGGCAUAGGCGAUGAAUAAAGCAAAAAGGUCUUUCCUUUGGAAUUGGAGCGGUGGAGCUCUUCCCCAUUCGGUCUUUGCAGUAUAGGGUUAACCUGGCUUGUAAACCACUUAGCUUGAGUAAUGUCCAUUCUGCUGGCGAUUCUGUACCUUACUAUCGUGAAUCCAAAGGAAAGAUCCUAAUGGGACAGGAUGAUGUGAAAGACUCAAAAUCUGGUAAAUGUCUUGGUGACUGUUCCGCUGGAGUGUCACGCAGUAAGACUGCAGAACUUGUCUCUGGAUGCUCCUAUGCCCGCUCUCUAAUCAUUUGCAUACCGUAGUGCAGUGGAGUGUUAUUUGUGACUUCCAGUUCUGCACGCGGGACCUCCGUGGCUCAGUAGCCGGAAUACUGUGCUGAGCAGUCCUUCCCUGUGGAACUAGAAGGCUCAAGGCAGAUCGUGAAAACCAUUGGAGUGGCUUGGUGCUAACAAAGCUGUCUUUUCAUACUGAUUCAAUUAUGUUGUACAAAUGUAAGGUGACUUUUUUUUAGAACUGUUGCCUAUAUUAGGUUAUAUAUGUGUAUAUAUAUUUUGCAGUGUUACAGUACAGUAUGGGAGUAUGGCCUUACUAGCCUUUACACUUUAUCCACAAUGUAAAUAAGCAUUUGUUUUAAUACAGGUGGAAGAUAUAUACAGAAAAUUCAAAACUUGAAUUCUAUCAAAAGACUUGUGUAGAAAAUUCUGAUAAAUGUGAAAGUAUUUAGCUCUGUGUAUUGAGAGUAGUAUAUUUUUAUCUGUGCAAUGCUGUGUGCGGGCCACCAGCUCCUAAGACAUUUCCUAUAUAUUCA